CUCGAGCGCCAGUUGCGUUAACGCCGGGGAGCUAGGACGCACCGGGGACGCCGUGCAACCUGCUUUUUAUUUGAUAUUUAUUUCUUUUUGUAAAGGUCUUUAUGAGAUGGACAAAGCGCUAGGAAUAUUUAGGAGCUGAAAUUGAGGAAAGAAAAAACUAGGAGACGCACCAGUGCAGCCAGCGAACCGCAGCGAUUUCACGAAAACCCCAAUCAGCAGAGAUGCCCUGCGUGCAGACUCAGUAUGGCACCUCUCCUCCGGGUGCCAGUCCUGCGUGUCAGAGCUACAGCUACAGCGAGUACAGCUGCGAUUUCCUGACCCCCGAGUUCGUGAAGUUCAGCAUGGACCUGACGAACGCGGAGCUCGCCGCCGCGUCUUCGUCGUUGCCCAGCUUCAGCACGUUCUCCGACUCAGCCGGUGGCGCCGCGAGCUACGACGCCAAGCCGCCGUGCCUGUACCAGCUUCCCCACUGCGCCGAAUCUCUCUCGGUCAAGUCAGAGGACGGAACCGCAGCGCACGCUAACUACGCGCACCACCAGCAGCAGCAACAGCACGCGCAGCACGCAGAGGACCCCGCCGUCGCCUCUGCUGCCGCUGCCGCUGCUGCGUCCUACUACAAACCGUGUCAUUCGAGCUUCGCUCCGGCGUGGGACGACGCGUCGCCUUUGCACGGCUUCCAUCCGAGCUACCUGAUGGAGCAGCAGCGUAAGAGCGCCGUGACGCGCUUCUUCUCGCUCAAGCCGUCCGCGUCGAGCGCGCACGUCUCCGCGUGUCACAUGCGCUUCGACAGCGCCGCGCAGCACGGAUUCGCGCCGCUGAGGAAGCAGCAGCUUCAGCAGCAGCAACACGCACAACAACACCACAGCCUGGGAUUCGCGCAUCACAGCCUGCACAUCAGUCACGGACGAAUGCUGAUGGAGAGCCCCGUGGCCUCUUCUUCGUCUUCCUCGUGCUCUCCGACCGCCACGCGUGGCCCCGCGCAUGGAGACGGUCUGUGCGCGGUGUGCGGGGAUAACGCGGCGUGUCAGCACUAUGGAGUGCGCACUUGCGAAGGCUGCAAGGGGUUCUUCAAGCGCACGGUGCAGAAAAACGCCAAAUAUGUGUGUCUGGCGAACAAAAACUGCCCUGUCGAUAAGCGGCGGAGGAACCGGUGCCAGUACUGCCGCUUUCAGAAGUGCCUCGUCGUCGGGAUGGUAAAAGAAGUCGUAAGAACGGACAGUUUAAAAGGUCGACGAGGUCGUCUCCCAUCCAAACCCAAAGGCCCCCAGGACAUCCCCGCCUCCUUAUCACCUGCCAAUCUGCUGAGCGCUCUGGUGAGGGCCCACAUGGACUCCAACCCCUCCGCAGGCCGCCUGGAUUACUCCAAAUUUCAGCCCAACCCGGACUACCACAGCGCCGGAGACGAGACCCUUCACAUCCAGCAGUUUUACGACCUCCUAAUGGGCUCCAUGAGCAUCAUCCGUGGCUGGGCGGAGAAAAUGCCUGGUUUCACCGAGCUCCCAAAAUGCGACCAGGAGCUGCUGUUUGAUUCAGCGUUCCUGGAGCUUUUCGUCUUGCGCUUGGCGUACAGAUCCAACCUGAUGGAGGACAAGCUUGUUUUCUGCAGCGGCGUCGUCUUGCACAGGCUGCAGUGCAUGCGAGCGUUCGGAGAGUGGAUCGACUCGAUCGCAGAAUUCUCCUCAAGCCUCCAGAGCAUGCGCAUUGACAUCCCGGUGUUCUCCUGCAUGGCUGCUCUCACUAUAAUCACAGAGAGGCAUGGCCUCAAGGAGCCCAAAAAGAUGGAGGAGCUUCAGAGCAAGAUUUUAACCUGCCUGAAGGAUCACGUGACCUGCAGUGGCCAUCUUUCGAAACUGCUGGCCAAGUUGCCCGAGCUACGCACGCUGUGCACACAAGGACUUCAGCGUAUCUUUUACCUGAAGCUCGAAGACUUGGUUCCGACGCCCGCCAUCAUCGAGAAGCUCUUUCGUGACACGUUACCGUUCUGAACACAUGGAACUUUAUCAGAGUUUUAUACAUUACUCAAGCAGAGGAGAUUUUCUUCCACUCUCCUUGGACUAAAAGCAUCUACGAAGUCUGCAGCACAACAGCACAAGAGCUAUAAGCAGAUCUAAGGAGUAGCCUUUUUUUUUUUUGGUUAUUUUUCUGUUCUAGUUUUGGAAAGGAAAUCAUACGAGCUUGUUAAUCAUUUAUUUACCCCUUAAACUUCCAAACGUCUUCUUCAUAACUCCAUACCUGCAUACCUUUCACUAUCACAUAAUAAUAUUCUUUAUAACUGAAUAAUAAGCUUGGAUUUGGGAAUUUAAGGGGUUAUUAAUUAAAAACCAAUCAAUAAUACAAUAAUGCAGAUGAAAAAUAUUUAAGCUAUCGUUAUGCAUCUAUGCAUUUAUAGAAAGAGAGAGAGCACAGGACGAAACAGGUUUUGUUUUGGAUUACACAACUUAUUUGACUAAUUUAUCUCAACAAAAUAGUUAUAAAAAGUGAAUUAUGACAGGAAUGGAUAAAAAAAAAGCAGUCAUAUUUUUUAAUUUAGAGAUCACAGAAACUUUGAGUUAAGAUUCCUCUGACUAUACACACACACAGUGGAGUCAUCACUACCUAUACCUACAUUUAUUUGGCAAAUAAACUGUUACAUAUUAGUUUAUUGCUUUUUGAUUCUUUUGUUGUGGUGCGAAACCUGGUGUUAUUGCCGCGGUAAUGUGACCACGUGAUGAUACUGUAUGAACGCAGCUUUUGCGCCCCCCCCGAUUUAAAGUCUUUAUGCCAUUUCACUCAUUUAAAAGGCCAUACUCACAGCCUGAAUACGAUAAAACACUUUACUUUCCUUCUCUGGAAAAGAUGUUGCUUUAUCUCUCAAAAGCCCCGAUUUAAAUUAAAUAAAAAAGCGCGUCUAAUGAAAGGCGGGUUUGAGUCGUUUGCGUCGUUUGCGUUUCCGCCUUCAGACAAAAAGAAUGAAAGAGAAGAAAUCAGAAAGGAAGACAGACAACACUUACACCGAUUAUUCCUUUAAAUAAUCUACCUAGGUUUUUAUUUGUUAUUGUUGUGUUUAUGAUUUAACAGUGUAUAAAGCUUUGUCAUUUCUACCGCAUCGCCUUUUUUAGGCAUGGACAUGAUGAGCUCUUAAACCACUUUUCAUUUCAUAUUGAAAUAAUUUUUUAAUAAUAUUUUACUUUUCAGUUUAUCAUUAACAUCAUAGCGACGGGGUAAUUUUUUUUGUUUGUUUAUUGUUUUUUUUUAAGGAUGUCAUUUCUGCAUCUCUGCAUUGUGUAUAUCUUAUAUAAAGGAAGCCGAUAUGAAUACCAAUCUCUCGUGCUUUGCUAAAUAAACUUGUGAAUUAAUAAAUAUGACUUAUA